GAAACUAUACCGGCCCCCUCUCUCUCUCUCUCUCUCUCUCUCUCUCUCUUCCUCAUUUCCUUUCCGUAUAUUACUCUCUUUCUCUCUCACUUUAUUAACCCGGCAGAGGCCGAAGAGCUCGGUGUGUGCGAGGUUAGGGUUUGGAGAGGGGGGUGGGCGGGAUCGAUGGGGUGCUUUAGCUGCUCCGGGAAGCGGAGUAAGAAGCCCAAGGAGAAGGAUCAUAUCCCACCUCCCCCAGAGAAAUCAAAGUCUAUUUCUUCACAGGAUGCAAAGCGGCAAAAGUCGUUAGAAUCAAAGACGGAGAUUUCGAACAGUGGAUCCGAGCAUAUUGCUGCACAAACAUUCACUUUUCGGGAAUUGGCUGCAGCAACCAGGAAUUUUAGAGCUGAUUGCCUUCUAGGAGAGGGAGGGUUCGGUCGAGUGUACAAAGGCAGGUUGGAAGGUACUAAUCAGGUCGUGGCUAUAAAGCAGCUCGAUCGUAAUGGAUUGCAAGGAAACAGGGAGUUCCUUGUUGAAGUUCUUAUGUUGAGUUUACUCCACCACCCUAAUCUUGUCAACUUACUUGGCUAUUGUGCUGAUGGAGAUCAAAGGCUUUUGGUCUAUGAAUACAUGCCCUUAGGAUCUUUGGAAGAUCACCUUCAUGGUAUGGUAAUUGAUUUCACUACUCUCUAUAGUCAUCACAUUUUUGGUGGUUAUAUACUGAAAUUGAUAGCUAAUGAUUUCCUGGUCUCAUCAGACCCUUCUCCAGAUAAGAAGAGGCUGGAUUGGAAUACCAGAAUGAGAAUAGCUGCUGGUGCAGCUAAAGGAUUAGAGUACUUGCAUGAUAAAGCCAAUCCGCCUGUCAUCUAUCGUGACUUGAAGUGCUCGAAUAUUUUGCUUGGAGAGGGAUAUCAUCCUAAGUUAUCCGACUUUGGGUUGGCUAAGUUGGGUCCAGUUGGGGAUAAAACUCAUGUAUCCACCAGGGUAAUGGGAACAUAUGGAUAUUGUGCACCUGAAUAUGCUAUGACCGGACAGCUGACUCUUAAAUCAGAUGUUUACAGCUUCGGUGUUGUUCUUUUGGAGAUCAUCACUGGAAGAAGAGCUAUCGACAAUUCUCGGGCUGCUGGAGAGCACAAUCUCGUUGCUUGGGCGCGUCCGCUUUUCAAAGAUAGGAGGAAAUUUCCCCAAAUGGCGGAUCCGACCCUUCAGGGCCAAUAUCCAACCAGGGGAUUGUACCAGGCACUUGCCGUUGCUGCAAUGUGCGUUCAGGAGCAACCAACCAUGAGACCUCUCAUAGCCGAUGUAGUCACUGCUCUCUCGUACCUUGCCUCCCAAACUUAUAACCCGGAAGCACAAUCAAAUCAAAACACCUCUUGGUUGUCCGCUCCAGGUACCCCCCCUCGGACACGGAGGGACAUAGAGAGGAAAUCAGGUGGUAGUUCUUCUGACAAAAGAGCAGUUUGAGGGAUUAAAGUAAAGAAAAAAAAUUUCCGGUAGUCUGGGGUCUGGGAAGGAGUAUGCUCCUCAUUAUGUAAAAAAGAUGCUCAGAAAUUCUACUUUGCGGCUCUAUCCUGAGGUGGACCUAGAACUGAGAAAGACUUUGAUCACUGGAAUUUCACCUUUGCGUCGCAAUCUCUCCUCUGGAUAUCGAAAUUUUUGUCUUUUUGCAGGUUUCAGAUGAGCGUACCUUGCUAGAUUAAAUUCCUAUUGUUUGUGAGAGUGGGUUAUAUUGUUCUUGUUGUACAUGUUCUUUUGGGUCCUUGUAUUUACGUAUGUCUUAAAAAUUUGAGUUAUAUAUAUUUAUUCCCUCCUUUUCUCUCGAA